GGAGGUGAGCAGAGAAGGGCCCCCAAUCGUGUUCCCAUUGAAGCCCUCUCUCUUUCUCUCUCUAAGGUUUUCUCUAUCUAAAAUUAAAACAGUCUUAUCUCUCUGAUAUAUAACCUCAAUCUUGACCUAAAUAUCUUUCUUUCUUCGCCGCUUCGCGACACCCAUUGCGAAACCCUAAUUUUCGAUCCCUUUCGUUUCUAGAGGUCAAUGUUUCCCAAUACAUGUUAGAUUCAUAGAUCUAUGAUUCAAGGCCUGAAACUCUGAUCUUUUUCGCAUCAAGAGGGUUGGUUCAGCGUAGUUUUGCUAGAUUUCCAUGUUCUGACGGUGUUUGGUUUGUUCACAAAUCAAAUCAAAUUUUGUCUAAUCUUUUGUUUUUCGAUCGAUUUUUGUACCGUAAGCAAUGUCACUUAUGCAGAAAAGUGAGACGAUUGAAAUUCGAGAGGUUUGGAAUGAAAAUCUUGAAGAAGAGUUUGCUAUGAUUCGCGGAGUUCUUGAUGAUUUUCCUUGUAUUGCCAUGGAUACGGAGUUUCCUGGAAUUGUUCUUAAAUCUGUGGGCAAUUUCAAGAACGAUUGUGAUCGUAAUUACCAGGCUUUGAAGGACAAUGUAGACAUGUUGAAAUUGAUUCAAGUAGGCCUUACAUUUUCGGACGAGCAAGGGAAUUUACCCACAUGUGGCACCGGCGGCAAGUGUUGCAUUUGGCAGUUCAACUUCCGUGAAUUCAAUGUUAACGAGGAUGUGUUUGCAAAUGACUCGAUUGAGCUUUUGCGACAGAGUGGGAUCAAUUUUCAGAAAAAUAAUGAGGAAGGUAUUGAUUCACUACACUUUGGAGAGCUCCUGAUGUCGUCGGGGAUUGUACUGAAUGAUACUGUUUAUUGGGUUACAUUCCAUAGUGCGUAUGAUUUUGGGUACUUGCUUAAGCUUCUGACGUGCCGGAAUUUGCCCGAUACACAAGAAGGGUUUUUUGAUUUGCUAUACCUGUACUUUCCCACCAUUUAUGACAUAAAAUAUAUCAUGAGGUUCUGCAAUAACCUUCAUGGUGGAUUGAGCAGGAUUGCGGAACUGUUGGAGGUCGAGAGAGUUGGCGUUUGUCACCAGGCUGGCUCGGAUAGUUUGCUCACAUCUAGUUCAUUCAGGAAGUUGAAAGAAAGUUUGUUUAGUGGCUCACUUGAGAAAUAUGCUGGUUUCUUGUUUGGUCUAGGUUUUGAGAAUGAACAGAAUACUCAUUGAAAAAAAAUAAUAAAAAAUAUAAAUGAUAUUAUAGAUGGUUUAUUGAAUUAUAUGUCUUUGCUUGAUGGCACCCACAUUUCUAUUUACACCAGUGGCAAAAGUUGUAUCUUA